AUGGUGAGGUCCACACAGCCUGUGUCAGCGGAGGCUGAGGGUGCCGCCUAAAAGCGUGCCGAGUCAUUGGAUACGUGUUGUUGCUAGGAGCGUGGGUUGUGCCGUGAAAAUGUCUAGUUUCCUCAAACCUGAAAGAGAUGAAAUUCAAGAAGACAGCAGUUGUAUCAGCUGGACGAGUGAUGCGCUGACAGCCGCCUGCUCCAAACUGAGCGAAACUGUGCCGCAGUGAGCAUAAUCUGAUAAGCGCUUUUGUCCAUCCUGCUCUCCGCUCCAGGACACCAUCCUGGAGACAAAAAAGUAGGCUACGUGCGGACAGUUAAAUGGUCAGCUCUGAGGUGCUGAGGUCAUAUUUCUCAGAGUUGAUUCAGAUUUUCACCCAGAACGCCUCCUAUUUAUUUGCAUCAACCAAAACCUGGGUCGAUAAGCGUUCACAGCGGAUGACAGCUGCGCACUUGGUCUUCCCGUGAUGUGUCUUGAAAGGAUUAGUGCGUGGCACAGCGCGCUGUAGGCCGGUGAAUUGUCUGCGGAACAAGUCACAUUUUUAUAGUAUGCGCUGGAGCACACACUUGGCCUAUGCAGCAUGGAGGAAAGUGUUUUGUGAGCUCAUAGGUUGACCUGGCAAUGACAUUAGGAUUAACUUGAAUAACUCUGUGUACUGCAGGAAGGUGGACCGCGGCGUGAAGGAACAAUGCACGCAUCACUCGAGCAGGACAUUUUGUGGGGAUGCUCUGUGUCCUAAACAAAUCCAUAAGGCCAUACACCCUGAACUGGCGAACUGCGUCACUGAAUGCGAGUGUUGCAGGUAGAGAGCAAACUCUCCCACCACCGGGAGAGGCGCAUUAACCUCCUUACACAAUGUCGCCGGUAAGUGUUUAACAGUUCACCAGGGAUGAAUUCGGCGGACAAUUCAAGCAAAGAUCCACCACUGGGAUCCACAUUUUCCUCAGCACCCAACUUAGAGUCGGACAUUAAUGCGAAUGCCUGCAGGCCUAUUUAUGAGAAUGGGACAGACCACAAUGUCACCAUACACAACGCUGCCUUGCGAGGAUCCAGUGACCCUAGCGCAUAUCCCUCCACAGAGUACCGGGCACGGGCCCGCCAGAGAUUCGUCCGACGGAGUUUGUGGGUGUCAGACUCCGAGGAGCAGCCGUUGGAUACGCCGGAGUGUGUCAGUAGCAGCCCUGCGCUCAAUAUUGAUUUGCGUUCCCUCCUUGACCGGAAUCGGACCCGGGUUCUGCAAGGAGCCCGUCUGGGCCUCCAGGAGACUUCCAGCACCGAGAGCCAAAUAGGGCUAAAGGACAGCGCCACAGAGGGCGUCAGCACCAAUGAGGAGAAGGAAGACAGGAGCGACAGGGAACCCAAGGCAGAGGUUGUGCCCUCGGAUGUCACAGGUAAAGCAGGAAGUGACGAGAACGAAGAGGAGCCCGGGCUGAAGGCUGUGUCCACCUCACCUGGGGGGCGGUUUCUCAAGUUUGACAUUGAGCUAGGGAGAGGGUCCUUCAAGACGGUCUUUAAAGGUCUUGACACCGAAACCUGGGUGGAAGUGGCAUGGUGUGAACUGCAGGAAAGGAAACUGUCCAAAGCUGAGAGACAGAGGUUCAAAGAAGAGGCAGAGAUGUUAAAGGCUCUUCAGCACCCCAAUAUUGUUAGAUUUUAUGACUUCUGGGAAUCACCGUUGAAAGGGAAGAAGUGCAUCGUUCUGGUGACAGAGCUAAUGACCUCAGGGACACUAAAAACGUAUCUAAAGCGCUUUAAGGUAAUGAAGCCUAAAGUUCUUAGAAGCUGGUGCAGACAGAUUCUUAAAGGCCUCCACUUCCUCCACACCAGGACUCCUCCAAUCAUCCACAGAGAUCUCAAAUGUGACAACAUCUUCAUCACUGGUCCUACAGGCUCUGUCAAAAUUGGCGACCUGGGCCUGGCAACACUGAAGAGGGCCUCCUUUGCUAAAAGUGUUAUUGGCACCCCAGAGUUCAUGGCCCCAGAGAUGUAUGAAGAGCACUAUGAUGAGGCUGUGGAUGUCUAUGCCUUUGGGAUGUGUAUGCUGGAGAUGGCCACUUCAGAAUACCCCUACUCCGAGUGUCAAAAUGCUGCACAGAUCUACCGCAAAGUCACCAGUGGGGUGAAACCUGCCAGCUAUAGUAAAGUCAGUGACCCAGAAAUCAAAGAAAUCAUUGGGGAGUGCAUCUGUCAUAGAUGGGAAGAAAGGUACUCCAUCAAGGACCUCCUGAAUCAUGCCUUCUUUGCAGAGGAUACAGGCGUGAGAGUGGAGCUCAAUGAAGAAGAUGAUGGGAAGAAAUCAUCCAUCGCUCUAAAGCUGUGGGUCGAAGAUCCAAAAAAGCUCAAGGGGAAAUACAAGGACACUGGAGCCAUUGAGUUUACAUUUGAUUUGGUGAACGAGAUCCCAGAGGUUGUCGCCCAAGAAAUGGUGGAAUCAGGGUUUUUCCUGGACUGUGAUGUGAAGAUAGUUGGGAAGUCUAUUCGGGACCGUGUGGCUCUCAUCAAAUGGAGGAGGGAGCGGACUGUCUCCCCAGGAAAUGGUGAGGUAGCCUCGAAAAAAGUGCAUCAGAACUUACUCCAGGUGCCCAGUACUGGUGUACCGCAGGAAGCCACGUUAUCUACAACAGAUUAUGAAGACCAAGAAGUGGAGCAGCAGACCCUAGUCUGCACUGUGCCAGCCAUCACAUCUGCCACAUCUGACAGUGGAAUGAGCCCUACCAUGCAAUCAGAUGACCUAAAUAAUCAGCAAAAUGGCCCAUACCAGUCACUUUCAGAGCCCAUUUCCACAGCUCAAAUGAUCUACAGUCCUCCAGCACAGGCUGACUCUCAACUGCACCAGGGGCCCUACCAGCAACUCACAGCACAGGCCUCUCAUGAAAACUACACACAAACAUCCACGCAGCUACACCAGGGAGCCUACCAGCAAACCACAGGUCAGCUGCAUCCCAGGGCCCAUCAACAACCUGCAGCACAAGUGCACCAGGGGCUUUAUCAGUCUAAAACAAUAGUUUCUGCUCCAGCUACACCAGCCCCUACUGCGCAACAAAGUGGACACACAGCACAGAGCUUCCCAGCUGCAGCCCCCACUCUACAGCCGGAGCUUACUGUCCAACCCAGCCAGGAGCAGUGCCAUCUCCAGCCAGCUGCUGUCCUGCCCCAGUUAUUAUCUUCUGACCAGCCUACGUCUCAUCUGAGUCCACCUGACAUGCCUACCAGUUUUCCACAGUCAGUGUCCAGUGCUCCACCCCCACUCCUGCCCCUGCAGAUCAGCACACAAUUUCCUUCACCAUAUCCUGUUGUUCAAACAGGCCAUGAGCCCCCUCCCAUCUUAUCAGCUCAGUUGCCAGCUGCCUACAGCAGCAGUGGCCCUCUUAUGUCUAGCACUUACUGCACACCUUCACUCCGCCACCCAUCCCUCCCUCUGACCCCUCAUGCUGCCUUGCCCUCUACACCUACCCUCAGCACUCCUCAGACACCUCUGUCCACAUCCCAGUAUGUGCCCAGCGUGGCACUCCCCACUCCGCUUCGCACCAUGGUCCCUGCGGUGCUCCAUCAGCAGAGUGGCCCUCCCAUAUCUCAGCCCAACCUUUGUAACUUCCGUACCACCCAUCCCUUACCUCUCUCCCAGGUACAACCCGCCCCACACCCUGCCCCCCACCUUGAGCAGGAACUGGCUGAGCAGCCUGUCCAGGUACAAACGAUUGUUCCACAGGGGAGUUUGGGAGAUGUUCAGCUUUUGGCUCCGGUUCACCCUAUAUUGCCUGCUGUUCAGACUCCUCUUUGGGGAAGCAGAAUAGAUGAAGAAACUACUGCAACAGGCUUAGACUUAACUGCAGCUCCCACAGUUCCAGCUCCAGUUCCAGCCCCAGCCUUGAUCUCAGUCUCAACUACAGUACCGGUUGACACCCACACCCCAACACAAAGUCCAGCUCUGAUCCCAGCACAAAGCCAACCACUAGGCCCAGCAUCAACACAAGCUGCAGCCCUGCCUCCAGCUUCAACCCUUGUUAAGGCCCCAACUUCAGUCCCAAUACAGGUUCCAAUAUUAGUGCCAGCUUCAGCCUCAGCCCCAGCGCAAGCACCAGUCUCUGCAUCGGAUCCUACUUUUGUCUCAUCUACAACUGCUGACACAUCUAUCACUGGUAAACCCUCACUUUCAGUCCCAGGGUUGGUCUCAGUCCCAAUCCCUGUCACUCUGCCAGCCUCAAUUCAAUCUGCAGCUCCUGCUCCACCCCCAGCUUCUGUUAUAAUUUCAGUCCCAGCUCUAGUUCUGCAGCCUGCUGGGAUCCAGACAGCUGUUUCGGUGCCUGAGAGUGCCAGCCUGGUCAAUGCUCAGCAAAACCUUGAAGCUACAUCUGCAUCUCAUACUUUUCAACAAGAGCCUUGUGUAGAGGAUAUGCUUCAGGACAAACCAGUAUCUUUACCCAGCUAUGCUUAUGACAGUUUCAGCUCUGAUGUGGCAUCUGGUAAGGAAACAAGCGAUGGCUAUGAUAGCUUCGCUAGUGGGGGGAAAGGUGACGGAAAACCCAGAAAACACCACCGCAAGUCGACCCGCACACGUUCCCGGCAAGAAAAGACCAGCAAGCCGAAGCUGAGCAUGCUCAAUGUUUGCAACACUGGUGAUAAAAUGGUUGAAUGCCAGCUGGAGACUCACAACCACAAAAUGGUGACAUUUAAGUUUGAUCUUGAUGGAGAUGCUCCAGAGGAAAUUGCUACUUAUAUGGUUGAGAAUGGCUUUAUCCUACUGUUAGAGAAAGAAGUCUUCAUUGAUCAGCUUAAGGAUAUUGUAGAUAAAGCUGAAGACAUGCUGCAUGAAGACAUGGAGGGUGAACAGGCUUCCAUCUUGAGUUGUAGUCCUCAACAAGGCCAAAUGGCUGAAGGGCUGGUAGGAGAGAGGCAGCAGUCUGGAGCACCUCAGCCUGUCUAUCAGCAGAAUGUUCUCCACACAGGAAAGAGAUGGUUCAUAAUUUGCCCUGUGGAGGAGACACCCACAUCCAGCCAAGAGACCCCAUCAGAAGGCACAGCUACACAGUCGCCUGGGAGUUCAGCCACUACCCAGCCUGCUGACAGUGGCACUGCAAGGCCAUCUGCAUCCAGAGAAGAGGGCUCUUCAUCCACAAUGUCUGGUGGAAGUUUAGGCUUCUCCUAUGAUGUGUAUGCAUUCUGCAGUCCUCCAGUAAUGUCCAACACAGACCCACUUCUCUUGGCAGCUCUGUCUCCUCCUGUGUCUGCUCCACCAACCCUUCAGUCUGUACCAUCAGUGGAGCCUGCGGGUAGCUUGGUGCAGCCCAGUGCCUAUCAGGCCCAGUCAGCCAGAGCUCAAACUUUGCCCCCAUCCUCCACACAUACGUCUUUCCCGGUGAACGAGUCACAGGGGUCCCCUCCAGGUUCCAUCUCCCCAACCCAUGCUGCUCAGCAGAUGCCUGAUAUGACAUGCCCUGUUUCUCUGAUCGAAGAGAUGCCCUGCUGCCCUCUGGUCAUGCCCCUGUCUCUGGAUGUCAGUGGUUCACAGGUUGGGUCUCCUCUCACCCCACUUCCGCUCCAGGAGCAAGGUUUAGCCAAAGAGCCACUGUCUGCUUCAUACGCCUCUGCUGCACGAGGUGAGCGGCCGCAGCAGCCUGUGGUGCUCCAGCAGCCUUUCUCCAGCAUGGCAGGGACCAAAGUGUCUUCACUGCCCCAGAGCCCAGCACCAACCCAGCACGGUGCAGGGCCCGGGGAGUCAGAUGGUGAAGGACGUCUGGGCCGCGGGGGCGGGGGCUUUGUAGACAGCACCAUAAAAACUCUGGAUGAGAAACUAAGGAAUUUGCUCUAUCAGGAGUAUGCUCCCAUGUACCCAUCAGGCAGUGCUGCAGAGACACCAGGAUCUGGCACUGAGUACAUCCAGUCACCUCCUGGUCCAGACAGCGCCGCAGGAGGGUCAGGAAACAGCACGCCAGGGCUGAUGGGGGAGGGACGCUACAGGGUAGGAGAACAGCUGCCUCAAAUUCCAGAGCGAAUGGAUAGCUUGAGCACGCUGAGCGACUCAGCCGUGUGCGCUUCUCUGUCAAGAAGACAUCUUCCUCACUCUGCUUCCUGCUCUGGAACAAGAGGUCGAUUUAAGGUAAUAUCUGUUCCACCUGAAAUGACCAACAGACGAGAUGUGAAACAAAGGAGCUGGAGCAGUGCUGCUUCACCUGCACACCCUGUAGGAUACGGUGGGGACCACGCUCAGGUUGAGGCCAUGACCACCUCCACCACAAUUGGCCGUUUCUCUGUAGUUAGCACUGAAGAUGACAUUACACAGAGGAUGCGCUGCAGCCGCUACUCUGCCCCACCUGAUUUCUACCUGGACACACCUCCUUCCAUGGCCAAGCGGGGCUCUCUGCCUCGUGCCAUGACUUCGACCUCUGUCCCCGUGGAUGUCACGGUCCAUGCUCGCUUUCUUUCCUCAGACUCAGGGGCUGAGAGCAGCCCUGCGAAGCUGGCUCCUGCCACCCCGUCUCAUCAUGCUCGCUCAGAGCGCAGAGGAAGCGACCUCAUGAAGAGGGCAGUGGCCUUCCUCCGUCGUUCUGGGCGCAGCAGCAGUGUGCAGAGCUCUGAUUCACCAAAUAGGCACGGAGGCAUUCAUGGUUCAGCCUAUGCCAGCAGCGACAAUGAUUCGGAAAUGGAGGACUCAGACAUAAAAAGGGAACUACAGAGACUCAGGGAGAAACAUCUGAAGGAGAUUUCUGAGCUGCAGGCCCAUCAGCGGGGAGAAGUGGAACUGCUCUAUCGCCGUCUUGGCAAAGUCCCUCCUACUGUCUUGGGUCUCUCACACGUUGCACCUCAUGCCGGCCAUAGAAGGAGGUCCAGCAAGCACAGACUGAAGCCUGGCAAACUUCUCAGCCCUCUGGUUCAACAAUUUAGAAAUGUCACAACCAAAACUAGUGACACCAGCAGAUCCAGUGCUGCUACAGCUAAAGGUGAGCCCACAGUGAGUUUAAAUGGCUCUCCAGCAAAGGGGCUCUUAGACCCUCAUGGUAGGCCGCGAUCAUGCACCAGCCACCUUCCCAGCUCAACCUCAGAGCCUGUGCAGACUCAGCAGCCCUGUUCUCUCAAGGGCUCUUUGUCCUCUGAUAAUAUUUAUACCGGACUACAUGGAGACAGCACUGGCACACCAGCGCCAACCGGACAAGGCUGGCCUAAUUACCCUCGACCAUCUGAGAGAGUGACCUAUAAAUCCAGUAGCAAACCACGAGCCAGAUUUCUCAGUGGGCCUAUGUCUCUGUCUAUCUGGUCAACAUUGAAACGACUGUGUCUCGGCAAAGACCGUGGCAGCAGGCCUGCAGCUGCAACAGGGGCUUUCAGUCAGUCACAGCAGCCUCCUAAUGGUGCCACACCCCCAUCUCAUCAGCCAGUGAUGGGACUCGCCCAAGCACAGGCCAACAACAGCAACAAUAAGACAGGCACAUACAGUGGCAAAUCCAUCAGUGCCAAUGAAAGCAACUUGCCUGAUGACUUGCAAAGGCUGAUGGACGACUGGGCCCAGGAGGUCCUUAUUGUCACCCACAUGCCGCACACUAACUCUCUGAGCAUCAGUGGGCAGCGGCUAUGGGAUCAGGUUGCGCCUCGAACACAUGAACAACUGGCUAGCGUUUCAGAUGUCUCAUCAUGGAUAGUCCCAGGUCUAGAGGCCUGCAGUCUGCCCCUGUCAUGGCCUGACAGCCCUGAGUCAACACUGAUGACCAGUCCCUCCACAGGGCCUCUUCCAACCUAUCAGCUACACUGUCCUGCUCCUUUCAGGGCCUCGCCUCUCUCUGUUACUCAGUGGCCUGCGUUGCACUUCCCUCGCCCUUCAGGAGUUUUUGCCUUUCCUGCUGUGCCCUCUGCUCGGGAUACCCCAAGCCCAAUUCCAGCUACGUCAUAUCAGCCAGCCGACGCCAAAGCCAGGACUCUCUAAUCUGAGUAGCACUGUGGCUUCCAUCUCUGUUACCAAAAGAAAUAUCAUAGUCCUAGUCAGUCUUAUGUGCAUAUACUGUAUAUACUGUAACCAGCAUGUGUGUAACCAUAUGUACAUACUUGGUUCCAUUCUUGAGUUUUAUGUCGUUUCCUUUGCAUCAAUAUACCUCAUGUUAAUAACAGUACAUAAUCCUUGAGUGUAGUGUAAUGGUAGUAAUAGUACAUUUACACAUGUAUAUGUAAUUAGCCCAAUCAGAUGUAAAUGUACAGAUAUUUGUCAUUACUUUACCAUUUAUCAAAUGUACAUAAUGCACUUCUCAGUCAUGCUGUGUUCAUAUAAAUAGUUGCUCAUAUCACCUCUAUAUAUAAUCUGCCAUGUGUAUACAGUAUAUGAAUUCUUGUUAGUAUGUACAUAGCUCCUGUGUGUACAGGUAACAAUAGAAAAUCAAUAGGCUGGUGCUGCAGAUAUGUGUCUUAAUGCAACACCUUCUUAGCCACUAUCAUGCCAUCACUGUGAAGACCUGACAUUCUGGUCACUAGGACCGAUUGCUUGACCCUGCUCUCUCAGUCCAACGAUAGGUUUCAUUCUUCAUCUAUGAAAUGCUUCCAGCACAAGCGCUUGAAAUAUCCUAUAGGAGAUUUGAUCGAACUUAAACUUAAUCUUAAGGUGAAAAAACACCUGUGAGAGUGCCUUGAAUUGCAGUUUCAGUUUUCUGAAGAAAAGCAUUUAGACUUAAAGCAGACGCUAGAUAUUCUAGCUCUGCUUUCACCUUCAAAGGUAAAUUGUGGGAUUUGAGUAAUGAUUGAAACAUACUGUAUGUAAUUAAGCCACAUAAC